AGGGGCCUGGGAUACGGCUUACGUGGUGGGAUGGGGAAGGAUGAGGUGGUGGAGUAAAGCGGGAUGUUCCUUGUUAGCUACCCAAGUCCCAGGAGGUGGGAAAAAGGCUUUGAGGCUGAAAGAAGCACCUGAAGGACGAGUUAUCUUUUGUGAGAGCCCCGAUGGUCCAAAAGCAAAAAAAAAGGGAAAAUCUAAGAAAGAAAAGGAAGCAAAGCUGAAAGCUGAAGCCCUAUUACGAGCUCAACAAGAAGAAGAAGAGAGACUUGAAAGGGAGAGACUGUAUCGAGAGCACUUGGAAAAGCUUGAGGCAAAGUAUCAAGGAGAGAGGGAGUCUGAACUAGCAGAACUUAAUUCACUGGAACUGAAGUUUCUUUCUGCACAGCAGUGGAAAAUGGAUUACAGAGAACAAGCCAAGUGGGAGCACUACCUCAGCUGUGAUGGGACUCCUGACCCCACUGUACCUCAGGAAAUCAACACUUUCAUGAGCUUGUGGCGUGAUGACCAAGAUGAGGACAUUCAGCUUGUGAUGAAGAAAGAGGAAGUAGUGUUAAAUUUGAUUGAGAAGUUGGAGUUUCUUCUGUUGGAGGCAUCACCAGAAGAGGUCACAGACAAACAAAGAGACCAGUACCAGGAAGUUAUUCUGCAGUUGCAGGAUCUGCUUCAUCAGAAGUACAAUGAUGCUACCCAGAACCUGCUCAAAAUAGCUAGUAUGUAUGAAGAUUCUGAAACUGGGAAUAUGCACACAGUCCUAAAGGAUAAAAACAUUACUUUCUGUAUUUGGGUCAAUCUGAAGAAGAAAGAAAGGUUCAAGGACCAUGUGUUCCAGGAGGCAGGGCAUGGCUUUGAGCUGCCCAAAUCCCUGGCUCUGAGCAGCGUGGCCAUUCGCGUGCUGCACACCCACUACGACCACUUGUCUCCCCUGUGGGUGCAGUGCCAAGGGCUGCCAAGACAGGAGGCCUCAGACAGCAUGGAGUUUGCUGAGCAUCCAGAAGACACUGGGCAAGGACCAGGAGAAGAGGAGGAGAAAGGCAGGGAGGAACCCAGCGUGCCUGCUGCAGAAGAAAUGGGUUCUAAGGGGAGAAAGGAGAGUUCCACCUCACUGAAAGAGACAAGCAAUAACACAGAUGAUAUAAAAGAGACAGAGGAGGAAACUGGGAAGAAUUCAGAUAUUUUGGAUGUGCCAUCGCAAGAAGAGGAUGCCCUGCUGCAGGAGGAGCCAGGAGGCAGAGAAGAGGUGCCACAAGUUGUGGAUUUGGAGCAGCUGGUGCCCGUGGGGGGUGUGUACCACAUCUCUGCCCUGCAGCUGCCACCCCAGGCCCAGGACGUUGGGGACUGGACCAUGGUGGAGGUGAGGGAGGACAGGAAUCAGCCCCUGGUGCCCCUGAAGAGGUGCGUGAGCGAAUAUCUCACAGCAGGUUCUGCCAAAGACAACGACUGGGUUUUUAUGUUCAGUGGUGAAAAAGUACAAAACCUCAAGCUCACUGAAUCCAGUGAGGCUUUUUCAGAAGAGCUGGAAGAAGAGUCUGAAUUUCACUCCACACUCUACCAUAUGCUCAAGGAUUCUGCCAGCAAUGAAGCCAUGGAUAAAGUGGAAAGAGCUGGCUUCCUGUUUAUUGAUUCUGUGUAUCAGCUGCUUCUUGCUACCCGAGUCUUAGCAUACUCUUAGAUACUGCAUGCUUUCCUUCAAAAUUUUAUUAUCAAAAGCUUUCAAUAAAGUUACAUUUCAAGUCUUAAA